CCGCCGCCGGCUCGGUCCCGCGCCCGCCGCCCGCCUUCGCCCGCCAUGGCCCGCCUGACGGAGAGCGAGGCGCGCCGGCAGCAGCAGCAGCUCCUGCAGCCGCGGCCCUCGCCCGUGGGCAGCAGCGGGCCCGAGCCCCCCGGGGGGCAGCCCGACGGCACGAAGGACCUGGACGCCAUCAAGCUCUUCGUGGGCCAGAUCCCGCGAAACCUGGACGAGAAGGACCUCAAGCCACUCUUCGAGCAGUUCGGCCGCAUCUAUGAGCUCACGGUGCUCAAAGACCCCUACACGGGCAUGCACAAAGGCUGUGCCUUUCUCACCUACUGUGCCAGGGACUCCGCCAUCAAAGCUCAGACUGCCCUGCACGAACAGAAGACCUUGCCCGGGAUGGCGCGACCAAUCCAGGUGAAGCCUGCGGACAGCGAAAGCCGUGGAGGUAGGGACCGGAAGCUGUUUGUGGGGAUGCUGAACAAGCAGCAGUCAGAAGAGGACGUGCUGCGGCUAUUCCAGCCCUUCGGGGUCAUCGACGAGUGCACCGUGCUCCGGGGACCUGACGGCAGCAGCAAAGGCUGUGCCUUCGUGAAGUUCUCCUCCCACACCGAGGCUCAGGCGGCCAUACACGCUCUGCACGGCAGCCAGACCAUGCCGGGUGCCUCCUCCAGCCUGGUGGUCAAGUUUGCCGACACGGACAAGGAGCGGACGCUGAGGCGCAUGCAGCAGAUGGUGGGCCAGCUGGGCAUCCUGACUCCGUCCCUCACCCUGCCCUUCAGCCCCUACAGUGCCUACGCCCAGGCUCUCAUGCAGCAGCAGACGACGGUCCUGUCCACAUCAGGCAGCUACCUGAGCCCCGGCGUGGCCUUCUCACCCUGCCACAUCCAGCAGAUUGGCGCUGUCAGCCUUAACGGGCUGCCUGCCACACCCAUCGCCCCUGCCUCUGGACUGCAUUCGCCCCCGCUGCUCGGCACCGCUGCUGUGCCCGGCCUCGUGGCCCCCAUCACCAACGGCUUCGCAGGUGUUGUGCCCUUCCCUGGCGGGCACCCUGCCCUAGAAACCGUAUAUGCCAAUGGCCUUGUGCCCUACCCAGCUCAGAGUCCGACGGUAGCCGAGACCCUCCAUCCUGCCUUCUCUGGAGUCCAGCAGUACACAGCCAUGUACCCCACAGCGGCCAUCACGCCCAUCGCGCACAGCGUCCCCCAGCCGCCGCCCCUCCUGCAGCAGCAGCAGCGAGAAGGUCCCGAAGGCUGUAACCUGUUUAUCUACCACCUCCCCCAGGAGUUUGGAGACACGGAGCUGACGCAGAUGUUCCUGCCUUUCGGCAAUAUCAUCUCCUCCAAGGUGUUUAUGGAUCGGGCCACCAACCAGAGCAAAUGUUUUGGCUUCGUGAGCUUUGACAACCCGGCCAGCGCGCAGACUGCCAUCCAGGCCAUGAAUGGCUUUCAGAUCGGCAUGAAGAGGCUCAAAGUGCAGCUGAAGCGGCCCAAAGACCCGGGACACCCCUACUGACCGGGCCCACAGCCACUCAGAGGCUGCGGGCUUGGCCCAGGUGAGCCGCUAGGCGGCCCUGCCCCUGCCCUACCCCCACCCCGUCUUGUCCGCACCCUCUCCUCAUUCUCCAAACCCUCCCCAGGCUGGGGGGAUGCUGCAAGAGGCUUCAAGAAGCCCCCAGGUUUGGUUGACGGGGACAGAGCUGGACAAAGACACCCCCCCCAGUCCUCUCAACCCCCUACCCUCACCCCAUGGUCAGGGCUGGAACCGGAGCAGUAAGAUGGGGGUGGGAAGGGCAGUUAGGUAAUCUUUCCUGGAGAAGGCUUUGAAGGAUGAAUAGAAGUUCACCUGAGAAGCGGGCAUGGUCGGGUGAGGAGGGCCGUGAGGAGGGGCUUUUGUCCUGUACUAAGAAUCAGUUCUCCCAGCUAGGCCCCUUUGGGAGCCCUUCCUUUGGCACAAUUCACACCCAGUGGGUAGAUGAGAGAGUGAAAUGUUUGCCCCACCCAAGGCCAUGCCGGGGGUGAGGGUGGGGGUGGAAAUCCCCUGAACAAAUGAACAAAUCCCCUAAUGUCUGCAUCAUCAAAGUGAACGACCCUGUCAACUCAUCACUUCUUUGGAGGCAUGAACCUUGAGCCUCCAGGGCCAGUGGGGAAACUUAUAACUGUGCUCCAGCCUCGACAAGCCUCAUCUGUGAAAUGGGCUCAUGCACGUCGCCUCCCCCAGGGGCUGUGGGGUGGAUUCACACGGGGCACUCGAUGUUUUUCCAGCUGAGCCCAGGACCCACCACCUGGAAAGCUCUUGAUAACUUAUUUCGAUUUUUCUCCACUAAACCCACCAUUGCCGCGGUCAUCACAGAGGCUCCCCACCUUGGGGUCUGGUGUGAAGUAGGUGUUCACUGAGGGUCUGCUUCCAGACCCUCUGCCAGGGCAGCACCCACAGAUUCAAGGGUGUUCAGCACCCACAGAUUCAAGGGUUGUGGGUCUUUGGGGGCAUGCUCGGAGACUCGCCACCUGAAGCCAACAUCUGUGAUCCGCGCGCUUUGAACACUCUGACAGCAAGUCUUUACUAAGCACCUACUGUGCACCAGGCACUGUUUCCAGCGCCACAAGUGAACAGAAAUUGGGGCGGGAUGCUGCUUCAUGGAGCGACAGGGAGCAGGGGAGAGGAGACGGAAGGAAACAAAUAUUUGUGCCCGGUGGCCAGAUGAGGACACGGGGCUUAGCAACCCCUCCAAGCCGUGUGUGUCAACCUCCAAACCCCAAAAUGGACUCUUUCUGCAAAGAUAGGGGUCCUUGGGGAUCCCAGAUCCAAGUCUGGCCAGGGCAGGGGAGCGGGUGGGAGGUGAUUUGUCGGCCUAUGUGCCCACCCUCCCCCUCUCUUCACCCAGCGCCCUAACGCCCCUCCCUUCUCCGCCAGGUGAGGGGCCUUCCCACCCCAGGAGGGUUUCCCGCUUCCAACUGAUCCAGGACUUUUCCGUAAAUUACAACAGAGUUUGGACACCAGCCCCCUCCCCUCCCCUCCCUACUUCCCUGCUCCCCUUCCCAAAAUGUGAAAUGCUACCCAAGGCCCCAUGGAGUGGGGAAGGGGCUUCGUGGUCUUUGGGGGAUUCCUGAGGUGGGGGCCAAGGAUUCACUACCCCCUCCACGGAGAUUUCCUCGCUUCCACCCCCUUCCUACACACACAACCUUCAUGGCUUCCCCAAAUGAAAUCGCAACUUUUCCUAUAUAUAUAUAUGCAUAUAUAUAUAGAGCUAUAGACAGUAUAUAUAUUUUUUGAGUAUAGAUCAUGGGACCAAACUUUUCCGACUUCUUUCCAUCCAAGAGAAGGUGACCCUGGGCCAGUCACCCAGCAGGGACGCUCAGAAGGGCUGAGGUUGGCGGGGCAGCCCAGUGUCCUCCCACCUCCCGCUGUCAUGUCAGACCAGGGCGCCGGUCAAGCACUGGGAAUCAGCCAACGAACGCGAUAUACCUCCAGGACUUUUGACCCCCCCGCCACCGAUAAUUCUCAUGGGCCUGAGGGCUCAGCCGGCUUCAGUGUCCCUGGUCCUAGCUGCAGCUUCCUGAGCCCCCGCCCCCGCGUGCCAGGGCCCUGCCUUCUCCGGAUGCAGGCACAAAAGAGACCCCUUGGCCUCCCCCGACCCUUCCCCCCACCCCCAGUCAUAGCCUUACUCAUGUGGCCAAUAGCCCUUAGCUUUCCGUCGGGGGCAGACAGGGCCGGGGGAAGCCCCCCCCCACCCUUUGAGCCCCCUCCCAAGGGCAGGCAGCCACCCUCCCUGCCUUUGGAUCACCAGCCUGGAAUUCACAAUGUCAUGACCAAGAUCGCCACGUGCACCGGAGGAGCCCAGUGUGCGCUGGCCCAGCACCCCUUCACCGGAGAUACCUCUACAAAGAAUUUUCUUUUUUUGGUCUUUCUGAGCAGGUACAAAGAAGAAAAGAAAUGGGGGGAAAAUCAAACGACAAUGGAUUUUUUUGUUUCCUAGUUGGGGCGGGGAGGGAUAUCCCGUGGGGCGCCUCUGUAUAGCUACUCAAACCGUGAAAACCCCCCUUGAAGCACAGAGUCAAGUUUUUUUUUUUUUUUUUUAUUGGACAUCCGGUGGGGCCUCAUGCCAGACGAGGCACCAGAGAACUUCAUAAGCUCAAGAGAAAAAAAAAAUUUUUGAAAAGGAAAAAAAAAAAAAGCAUUCCCUUUUGUUUCUACCAAAAUGUGUUGACGGACCCAGAAAAAAAAAAGCAAAAAAAAAAAAAAAAAAAGGAAGAAAAAAAAAAACAUAGCAAAAAAAAAAAAGAGGAAGAAAAAAAAAAUCUGACAAACCUGUUUCGAUAUUCCAGUUUGAUAAUUGUUCCAAGACCCUCUCUAGUGUGCCUGUGUUCUGUGAGUCUGCGUGUGUGUGUGCUCAGGGGUCGCGGGGCUUCGGCUAUGUCCUGCCCCACCUGGCCCCCGCCAGGCCUGCUUGGGACUGCGUGCCGGCGUGCAGUGGUGUGUGUCCUUUGGCCCAUGUUUACUGGCUGUAAAUACCAUUUUUAUACUCCACAUCAAAGACCGACGUGAUUUGUACGAUGUACUUUAUUUCUGCUACGAGUAAUUUCAUGAAGUUUCAACUUGCAAAACUGACUUUUGGAGACAAACCGCCACACACACACACACACACACACACACACAAAGAGGAGAAAAAGACUUGGAGGGAACUUUGAGUUGACUUGCUUUGAAUCUCGAGGUCCUUGUCACUGUGGCGUGUUUCAGGUGAGAAGCUGCAGUCAUCACCUUCAUGUCCAAAACACCUCUCUUUGGUCUGGAGAAACUGAAAGUUUAUUUAAUAAAAGUUUUACUUGCUAAA